AUGGGCGGCUCCGUGGCCUUCUGGCAGUGUCUCGACUUGGGUAUGUUCCUUAGUUUUAUGCCCGUGUCGAUCUGCUUCGGCGUGGGGAUUUCUCUCAAAAUGAUGGCAGUGAACCACUUUCAGGCUGGGACGAUCAAGAUCAUUGGCCAGUUACGAUUGCCAGUCCUGGCGAUUUUUUCAGCAGUGCUGCUAUCAAGAAGGUAUUCUGCAGCGCAGUGGCAGACAAUCGCUCUCAUAUCGGUCAGCUGUCUUGCAUUUGUCCUGCUGAAGGGGCAGGGACGGAGAACCGAAGGCAAGCCAUGGAAGUGGACCGGACUGAAUCAGAUUUUUGGAUGGGUGUUGCUUAACGUGUUUGGUGGCAUUAUCGCCGAGCGCACUUACAAGGGAUCGCAGUUCCCCUUCUACGUCUCCAAGGUGUCUGAGGAUUUCGGCCAUCUUCUCAUAGGCCUCAUCAUGCUUUACGUCGUUGUGCCUCGCUUCCAGCCAGGCGAGAACAUCCUUGACAGGACGAUGCGACCUGGUGGAUUCUUCGAUUCUUGGGACAGGCGCACCGUUAUUGUGCUCCUCUUCCUGUUGGCGGACGCUUGGCUGGGAAACAUGUUAUUGAAGGAGUUCUCGGGCGUGGCGCGGAGCGUCGCCAAAGCAUUCAGUGUCGCGUUAGUUUAUUUUGUAUCUCUGUCUUAUUCGAAGGAUCGCAGGAGGAAUCCAGCGCUUUCGUUGGUGGCAUUGCUUGUUCUUCAGUCGUCAGUCCUCUUCACGUUCCUGAGGUGA